AUGAACAACACAGACUCUUCCAAUAUUACGAGCUGCUUGGGCUUGCGUGACCCCACUGUGACCAGAGUGGUCUUCCCUCUCUUGUACUCCAUUGUCUUCAUUGGAGGAUUCCUGCUGAACGUAUUGGCUGCCUGGAUCUUCUGCCACGUUCCAAAUAAGUCCAGCUUUGUGAUAUACCUCAAGAACACUGUGGCAGCUGACCUUUUGUUGGUAGUUACACUUCCGUUUAAAAUCCUCUCCGGGUCAUCUCUCGGGAUCUGGCAGUUAGAAGCCUUUGUGUGUCGCUGCUCUGCUGUCGUGCUCUACAGCAGCAUGUACAUCAGCAUAAUAUUCCUUGGCCUGAUCAGCCUCGACCGGUACCUGAAGAUUGUGCAACCUCGGAAAACCCUCUUUAUGCACAAAGUUACAAUUGCCAAGGUGAUCAGUGUGGGAUGCUGGGUGUUCAUGGUGAGCUUUGCCCUGCCAAGUAUCGUUUUGACCAACAAGGUCCCCACAGCGCAAACUGCAGCAGCAUGCAUGAAGCUCAAAAGCAAGAUGGGGGUCUCUUGGCACCAAAUCAUAAUUAUCAAAUGCAAAGUUAUUUUCUGGAUUGUGUUUGUCCUUCUCACUCUGUGCUACUUAGCCAUCUUAAAGAAAAUAUAUUGGUCCGAACAAAAAUUCCAGAAGGAUUCUAGCACUGUGAAUAAGAAAGCUAACCGAAAGAUUUUCAGCAUCAUGGGCGUCUUCCUCAUCUGCUUUGUGCCGUACCAUGUUAUCAGGAUCCCGUACGACAACAGCCAAUUGACCAAGAGUGAUUGCACAACACGCAACAAACUGUUUUAUGCAAAGGAGGCCUCACUGACCCUCUGCGCAUUUAACGUUUGCCUCGAUCCAAUCAUCUAUUUCUUCCUGUGCAAGUCCUUCACCAAACUGCUGUGCAGAAAGUUGAAAAUGAAAAGAAGCCUGACCAUCAAAAUGAGUGAAGUGAGGAACAGACCACAGUCCAGUAACACCUCCAACCAAUUCCUUGACUUAGGAAUGGACGGUACCUUAAGGGAGACUCAAGAAUCACAUACACAUUAA